AUGUAUUCUCUCAAUUCCCCAAGUAACCAAUUCCAUCUGCAAAAUUGCCUCUUUAAAUCCACUAACAUCUCAUUAGAUUUCUCCCGCCCUCUCCCUCCUCUUCCAUCUUCUCCCAGACUACCUCCUCCAUUAUCCUACCAAGCCGGACACAACCUCCCCAUCUCAGUCCCCGAACUGAACGAAGACACCGUGUUCCGCGCUUCACUAGACGGCCAUCUCGACGAUAUUCACUACCCGGCCAAUAAAAUCCCCGACCCGCGCUCCUCCACCAAAAUCCCCCAAAUCUCGCACCAUAUAAUCUCCUCACUUUCUCCCACCUCUCAAUCCCACCACUCUCAACUCACCAUGGCUCCCCCCCAACUUUCUCGCUCCGCCACAUCUCCCGAUCUAUCAACUCCAUCAACCAUCUCUCCCAUCUCCGAAAUACAAGAAUACACCCCCAAUCGCAACGGCGCAAUCAGUCGCGCAGAUCGCUAUUCUCGAGUUCUCCCCACAGUGCCUCCUCACCCAUCAACCCCCCCACCACCCAUCCCCACAGUCUCCUCCUACUCAUCCAACCUCUUUAAUUCCGCUCGCCCCAGCGGUCUCCGGCACGUAACAUUCGCGCACGAAACCGACAACCUCUCACUUACCUCCUCCCAUCCCUCUCAAUCCUCCUCUAUCCCCUCCUCCUCUCUCCCCGCCGAAACUCCUCGCAAACACCGCUUCAACCUCACUUCCGCACAUCAAAAAAUGCAAAAGGCGUUUUCCACCCUGCGCACACACACCCACAGUAUCUCCCCGAAACCCAGUUUACUGCUUCGAAAAAAAUCUUCUCACUCUACGCUUUUUGGUGCUGGAUCUUCCCCGCUCUCCACUUCAACCGUAUCAGCAGACGAACCCACAAGACCCAAAACCGCACCUUCCUCCUCAUCUUCCUCAUCUUUCGGAUUCACGAGUUUCCCUACGAUGGCUGCUGCAUUUUCAAAGGAUUCCAGAAAUGCAAACAUAGAAUCAGGAAAAGAAAUGCAGAUUGGUGCGCCCAUGGGAAUGGUGAAAAAGACACCUGAGGAAAUCCAGCAGAUGUUGAGGGAGAUGGGGGUGAAGAGUGAGGAUUUACCUUUUGUUUCGAGCGCUUCUGCUUCUGCUUCUACUGUUCGUGCUCCUUCGCAAUCGCAAAUUGCUGGUGAUGGUGAUGGUAAAGAUACCGGUGUCACCCCAUCCCAACCCGAAUCCAUCAUCCAGGAAACCCCACGCAUCCUAAGCGCCAUACAAAAAGGAAAACUCCCAUCCCUCCCAUUUCCGCCUCACCCCUUCACCCGCCCCCUACGCUCUUCUUCCCUCUCCACUCCUCACCACAGUCCCACAAUCCCAUUCCCCGUGCGCGACCUCACAAAAAAGCCCGUCGGAUGGUACAGCACUGCCUCACUGGACGAACUCCGGGCUACGCUACCACCAACACGCAAGGAAGAUUUAUUGAAAAACGACGAGAUCGAUGGGUUUUUAGAGGAGUUGGUGAGGGAUCUCGAGGUUAUUAAGAGGGUGAGGGGGUGGAGGGAAGGGGAGGAAGAGGGUGAGGGGGUGGGGAAGAGUGAGGAUCGAAGUGAAAAUGAAGAUGAGGAUGAUAAGGGUGAUGAUGAUAUUGAGGAUGAUGAAAAAGUCGAUGAAGAAGUCGAUGAUGAGGAUGAGGAUUCCUACAUCUGGGGCUUAAACGGUGAACCCCACCCCGACUACAUCGAUGGCGGCUGGGCACAAGAAGAAACCAGCAGUGCGGGGAUCGGCGCCCGCUGGUUCGUAUUCGACGAUACGGAGAAUAUUUUAGGAGGACCAAAGUGUCCGAUUACGCAUGCAGUGGAUGGGUUUGAGGAUGCGGAGGUGGAGGUAGAUCGGGAUGGAGAAGAGGAGGAGGGAGAGGUUGUGGGAUAUGUUGCGGAUGUGAAUGUGGAUGUGAAUGGGGGAGGUGGGAGAGGAGGAAUGAGAGCUACGCUUUUGAGUCCGAUUGAAGAGGGGUUUGGAGAGGAGGAGGGAGAGGGAGAUUUUGAUGAGGAGGGAGGAGAGAGAUUUGAUGAGGAUGCGAGACAGCUUACUCAGGAGGAGAUUUUGAGGAGGGAGGGAUUACUUUGA